AGACAGACAAAAACUUUGAAUUUUUGUCUUGUUUUAUUUUUAUUUAUUUUUAUUAUUAUUUUUUUUUUUUUUUGGUUUAAAAAAUGCUUAAUUUUUAAAUUCAUCUUUUGUUGACCUCAAUUUGAAUUUGGUUAUAAAAAUCAUCUAAAAUCCUUUUCAUAAAUUAUCCAGUUUUUAUAAAUAGGUUUUUCUUUUUCUUUUUGAUUUUUUUGGUUCUCUAUCAUUCAUUAUUUUAAAAAGGUUUAAUAAGAAAUUUAUAUCUAUCAAACAUCUUUCUUUUCCUGAAUUGUACCCUUUGACUUUAUAUAUUGACUAUAUAAUCUUGUGUGUGCAACUUCUUCCUUCCUCAUCGUCUUUUUUUGCCUUGUACUUUUGUUCAUUUUUUUUUCCCACCUCAGUGAGAGAGAUAACUUUAUUUAUUUUUAACAUCCCCAUAUAAUUAUUAAUAACUAUCUACAAUGUCUUCCGAUUUAGAAAAUCAAGUUCCUCAAGAUCAUACUUUAAUCAUCGAAGAUGCUGCUAAUGCUUCAUCAUCUGUUCCUUAUGAUCCAAAUCAUCCUGAACAUCCCGUUACAAAAGUUGUAACUGAAGGUGAUUAUGUUACUUUUGGUAAUGAAAAAUAUUUAAGAUCAGAAUUAGUUGAAGCUUUUGGUGGUUCUUUAAAUCCAGGUUUAUCUCCAGCUCCAAAACAUAAUUUAGCUAAUCCAGGUCCUUUAGGUUUAAGUGCUUUUGCUUUAACUACUUUUGUUUUAUCUUUGAUUAAUUGUGAAGCCAGAGGUGUCACUAUUCCAAACAUUGUCGUUGGUUUAGCUUAUUUCUAUGGUGGUGCUGCUCAAUUAGUAGCUGGUAUGUUUGAAAUCGCCGUGGGUAACACCUUUGGUGGUGUUGCUUUAUCAUCCUAUGGUGGUUUUUGGGGUUCAUGGGCUGCCAUUUAUACUCCAUCCUUUGGAAUUAUUGAAGCUUAUGCUGGUGAUACUGGAAAACAAUUGGAAUAUGCCGUUGGACUUUAUUGUGUUGCUUGGUUUAUCUUUACCUUUUUCCUUUGUCUUAUGACUCUUAAAUCCACGGUUGCAUUCUUCAGUAUUUUCUUUUUCCUUUCCAUUACAUUUUUAUUAUUAGCCAUAACUAAUUUUAAUGGAUCUGUGGCUGUUCAAAAAGCGGCUGGUGUAUUUGGUAUCAUUACUGCUUUCUGUGCUUGGUAUAAUGCUUAUGCUGGUAUUGCCAAUGAACAAAAUAGUUAUAUCACUGUUAAAGCUAUUCAUUUACCAGAUUUCCAAGAUAAAAACAGACACAACAGAAAAUAAGUUUAAAAUUGUCAAUAUGAUUUUCAUUUUCUUUUAAGUUGUAGAUUAUAAGAAGGAUCCCUCACCCUGAUUGUAUCUAUGAAUUAUUUGAAAAUGAUGUUUUAUUCGAGUUUUUUUAACUUCUUAUGAUGAAUAAUAAUUUUUUUUAUAUAACCUUUUUCCUUUAAUGAUGAUCCCCCCCUCCCUCCUCCUUUUUUUAUAGUCAAGUCCCUUUUUUUUUAUAUUUUCCUCCUUUUUAUAUUUAUUAAGAUAGUAAUGGUUUCAAAAAAUUAUGUUUUAAAAG